CACGUCGCAGCCCGAUGGGAUGGUUUACCGCUUGCAUCGCAGACAGCGCUUUUAGAUGCGGAAGAUGGUGGGACAGCCGUUACGGAAACGAUAAAGGAAGAAGAAAUACAAGAAUCCAAAUCUUGUUCACAACGUUCUAUAAAGUUAUUCAAAAUCUUAAUACCACAUGUAAUAUUGGUAUCAGUGUUGAUUGGCUAUUUGUGUCUUGGUGCAUGGAUGCUUAUGGUACUAGAGACCAGGACAGAACUGAUGGCUCGAUCCAGAAAAUUAGUUCGUUUGUCAAAUAUGAUGAAAAAUUUCACAGCCGACAGCUGGUCUAUAUUGAAUGAUGCACAACUUGGAAUACGUUCAGUUGAUCGCUCGGAAUGGGCAACAAUUUUCAGAGAGUAUAUGAUUUCUGUAUCAGAAAUUGUUGAUGAUCGGCGCCCGAUCCGCUAUGAACUUCGAAAACCAGAUGAUAUAAAUACCAUGCAUAACAAGUGGACUUUCCCAACUGCCUUAUUAUAUGUGCUUACUGUCCUAACUACAUGUGGAUACGGUGAAGUGUCAGUUGAUACAGAUUUGGGGAAAGUAUUUGCUGUAGCAUUUGCUUUAGUUGGUAUACCUCUUAUGUUUAUCACAGCUGCAGAUAUAGGCAAAUUUUUGUCCGAAACACUGCUUCGUUUCAUUUCAACCUGGAACCGAAUAAUGCACAAAGUGAAGCAAAUUCUAUGUCGAAAGCGCUAUAUGAGAAAAAAAUCAUUGCAGUCUAGCAGUGGUCAGUCAGAAGUAAUUGAUAUUCUUGGCUUAGAAGGGACUGAUGGCAAAUUAUGGUUUUCAAUUGGAGCUUAUGUCUCAUGUAUUUGUUUGUAUUGCUCUAUGGGCUCUGCAAUGUUCAUUAAUUGGGAGCGUUCUUGGUCAUUUAUUCACGCUUUUCAUUUUGGUUUCAAUCUUAUCGUCACUGUCGGCCUUGGUGAUAUUGUCGUUGUUGACUAUAUUUUCUUAUCGCUCAUCGUAGCUUUUGUUAUCGUUGGCUUGUCAGUUGUGACAAUGUGUGUUGAUUUGGCUUCAACACAUUUAAAAGCAUAUUUCACUCGAAUUCAUUACUUUGGUCGAGCCAAAAAAUUUCUGGGCAUGAGCGACGAACUUAGAGAAAUUGUAGCGUUGCUAGGAGCCAUGCGGAAGAAGAAAGGAGGAAAAGUUACUUGGAAUGAUGUGAGAGCAUUUUUGGAUAGCGAAUUACGAGAUCGACCAUUUGAACCUCAUGAACUACUAAUGAAACUACGUUUUAUUGAUGAGAGUUCAUCUGGAAUGUCUACAAUCCGGCAUAAUUCAUUCCAAUCUGAUUUCUUUCGUGAUAGCGAAUAUCUACGGCGAAUCAUUGCUUUGCGCCCUGAACAACCCGCAUAUCUGUAA